CAAACCAUUCCUAAAGCUCCUCUUCAGCCAAUUCCUGUCAUUGGAGAACCUUUUGAGAGGCUGGUAAUUGAUUGUGUAGGGCCUCUUCCAAAGUCGAAACAUGGUCACCAGUAUAUUUUGACAAUAAUGUGUACUGCUACCCGUUACCCUGAAGCCAUACCAUUGCGUACAUUGAAAGCACAAGUAGUUCUGAAAGAGGUCGUAAGGUUUUGCACAACAUUUGGCUUGCCCAGAGUUAUUCAAACUGACCAGGGGUCCAACUUCACCUCAAAAGUGUUUGGACAAAUGUUGAAAGAGUUGGGAAUAAAACAUCACAUGUCUAGUGCGUAUCACCCAGAGUCACAGGGAGCGGUGGAACAUUUUCAUCAAACCCUAAAAACUUUGCUCCGCACAUCUUGUAUUGAGACUGGAAAGGACUGGGUGGAUGCCUUGCCAUUGCUCAUGUUUGCAGUGAGAGAGUCUGUUCAGGAGUCACUAGGAUUUAGCCCUGCUGAGCUUGUGUUUGCUCAUACUGUUCGUGGCCCCUUGAAGUUGUUAAAGGAGCAGUUGAUGGGUAAGGAUAGUGCACCUCUUUCUGUUCUAGAUUAUGUAAGUUCUUUCCGGGAACGUCUGCAUAAAGCCUGCGAACUGGCAAGAGCUCAUCUUUCUACGACACAGUCAAAAAUGAAGGUCCACUUUGACAAAAGAACAGUACGUCGCAGUUUUCAACCGGGUGACUCUGUUCUUGUGUUACUUCCUGUUCCUGGCUCAGCUCUACAGGCUAAGUUUUCAGGGCCGUAUGUCAUUGAACAGAAACUGAGUGAAACGGAUUAGGUUGUGGGUACCCCUGAUCGCAGACGCAAGAAUAGAGUAUGUCAUGUUAACAUGUUGAAGUCCUAUGUUGCACGUGACUCAACUAAACCAACAAUACUCUCUGUGCCACUGAGUAAACCUUGUGUUACUGUAGUUCCUAACUAUGUUCCUGUUGAUGGAGAUUUGUUGCUGGCUGAACCUCAGACUCCUAGUGUGCGUCUGAAUAAUUCUGCCAUUUUGGGUAAAAUCGAUUCACAUUUGUCAUACUUGCCAAAAAAUCAGUGUGAAGAUGUUGUAAAGUUGUUACAAAAAUAUCCCACACUCUUCUCUGAUAUUCCAGGAAGAACCACAGUCUUAUCUCAUGAUAUUGAUGUAGGGAACUCCGUCCCUAUCAAACAGCACCCAUACAGAGUAAAUCCUGCAAAACGAGAGAUCAUGAAGACUGAGGUGGACUACCUGCUUAAAAAUGGGCUGGCUGUACCCAGCCAAAGUCCCUGGAGCUCUCCAUGCUUGCUGGUCCCAAAGCCCGAUUCUACCUUUCGCUUUUGUACGGACUAUCGAAAGGUAAAUAGCAUCUCAAAGCCUGAUUCUUUCCCCUUGCCCCGUAUGGAAGAUUGUGUGGAUAAAGUGGGUUCUUCAAAGUUUGUCACAAAGCUAGACCUAUUAAAGGGCUAUUGGCAGGUCCCUUUAACUGCACGUGCAUGUGAAAUCUCUGCUUUUGUCACCCCUGAUAACUUCCUCCAGUACAAUUGUAUGGCUUUUGGGAUGCGAAAUGCCCCAGCCACAUUCCAGAGGCUCAUGCAGAAAGUCUUGUCCGGGUUGUGCGACUGUGAGGCCUACCUGGAUGACAUUGUGGUCUAUUCAGGUGAUUGGGAAGGCCACAUCCGUAGCUUGGAGAGAGUGUUUAGCAGGUUGAGUAAUGCCAAGUUAACUCUGAAUCUAGCAAAAUGUGAGUUUGCUAAGGCUGUGGUAACUUACCUUGGAAAAAAAGUGGGUCAAGGUUGUGUAAGACCCGUAACUGCAAAGGUUGCUGCUGUUAUUGAGUUUCCUGCUCCCAUUACCAAGCGUCAAUUACGCCGGUUUCUUGGAAUGGCCGGAUACUACCGUGGAUUUUGUAAAAACUUUGCAACAGUGGUGUCUCCCUUGACUGACCUACUUAGCUCUGCGAAGAAGUUUGUUUGGAGUCCUCAGUGUGCAAUUGCUUUUCUUGCUGCCAAAGAUCUUCUUUGUAAUGCUCCAGUUCUCUCUGCCCCUAAUUUUUCUCUUCCAUUUAAGCUUCAAGUGGAUGCAAGUGCUGUUGGAGCGGGUGCUGUCCUUCUGCAGGAGGAUGGUGCGGGAGUAGAACAUCCAGUUUGCUACUUCUCUAAGAAGUUCUCUAAGUGUCAACGAAACUACAGUACCAUCGAGAAGGAAGCUCUCCCCCUGGUGAUGGCACUUAAACAUUUUGAAGUUUACGUUGGUGGUAGUAGUAUGCCUCUUGUUGUCUAUACUGACCACAACCCUCUAGUUUUUCUCUCCCGCAUGUGCAAUCUAAAUCAGCGUUUGAUGCGCUGGUCACUUUGUCUGCAGGAAUAUAACGUGGACAUCAAGCACAAGAAAGGUUCGGAGAAUGUGGUGGCGGAUGCACUCUCUAGGGCCUGUGAUGCUGAUGGUGACUGAGAUAACCUUAUGCAACUAUACAAUAAAAAGAAUCUGUGUUUACAAUCCUUAGGGUUGUAAAUUUGGUGGUGGGGGUGUUACGUCCCCAGGCGUAAUUUUUUUAAGGUGUUAUUUGUGCAGUAUUUAAUUAUUGCCAAUAUGUUGAUUACAGUUUGUUUUGGCAGUGUUUUGUCUCUCUAAUCUCUCUACACCCUCCAAAAGCUUAAUGAAGAUCACCUGGUUCUGGUUGUCAUUAAUCACCUGGUUGCUCUGAUUGGCUGCUGGAAGGAAGGCUUGUGAAUAAAAGCUGAAGAUUCCAUCUGAAGGGGCCCUUCUUGGCAUUUGCUGCCUCUGGAGACUUUUCACCUGCCCUAGACCAUAGCGUGUGUGCUAGUUGUCUGUUUACAUUGUUGUUGGUGUAUACAGUUUGAAACUUUGGAGAGUUGUGUGUUAUUUGUUUUUGUACAAGUAAUCUCCCAAGGUUAGACCUUAAGGUGAAAGUUUAAAUAAUUUUGGAGCCGUAGGGAGGAGGACGCCAUUUCUUUUAUUGUCCAUGUUUUCACCUGUUUUUGGCUAGAAAGGGAGUAAGGUAAGACUUUUGUUGUUUAUUUUGGAUUUUAUUUUGAGAGAUUAGAAAGUACUCCUUUUUGUAAGUUAGAUCUGUUAUGUUUGUUAUUUUGGCCUGGUCCCCUCCUGAACUUUAUUUUUGCUCCAUGCUAAGCAUCUUUCUUUGA